UGGUUCCGGGAGCGGAAGUAGAUAGGACCCGGAAGGGCGGCUCUCGCGCUGUUGCUGCUUGGGGGACCUUGGGAUGAAAAUGGCCGUCGCAGGAAAGAACAAAGGGAAGAAAAAGAAGAAUGCUGGGAAGGGGGAGAAUCCAGACCGCGGCGCUCGUGGGGCUCUGACAGGAGACUAUCUUGUCGGACAAGUCGCGGAAAGCUUGUUCCACGGCGAUCACCCCUCCGGAGGCAGCGCAGCUCGGCUGGCGUCCCUCUUCAGCUCCUUUGAGCCUCAGCUUCAACCCGUCUAUGUGCCUGUGCCUAAAGAAAUCACGAAGAAAAAAAAAAGGGGUGAGGAGGAAGAAAAUACAUCCCAAAUUCAAAUACCACUUUUGCAAGAACCUGCAAAAAAAAUGAAAGUGAACAAAAAGCUUUCUGAUGCAGACAAAAAGUUGGCAAACAGGGAAAAUGCUCUAGCAAGUGCCGAUUUAGAAGAAGAAAUUCACCAGAAACAAGGGCAGAAAAGGAAAAAUUUUCAUGCUGGUAUUAAAGAAGCAGAUAAACAUGUCCUUGAUGAUGUAGAUCACACAGUUGUACCUCAAAGAAAGAAAAUUCAAAUCAACCAAGAAGAAGAGCAAUUAAAGAAUGAGAGAACUGUAUUUGUUGGGAAUUUGCCUGUCACAUGUAAUAAGAAGAAGCUGAAGUCGUUUUUUAAAGAGUAUGGACAGAUAGAAUCUGUACGAUUUCGUUCUCUGAUUCCAGCAGAGGGAACUUUGUCCAAAAAGUUGGCAGCAAUAAAGACCAGAGUGCUGCUGCAAAAGCAUUGCAAAGAAAUGGGGCCCAAAUUGCAGAUGGAUUUCGUGUUAGAGUUGAUCUUGCAUCUGAGACUUCAUCUAGGGACAAGAGAUCUGUAUUUGUGGGGAAUCUCCCAUACACUUUUUAAGGUGUUUCUAAAUCUACUUCCACUUCAGUUGAAUUUCUUUCUAGAAGCUGAAGAAUCUGCGGUUGAGGAACACUUUCUGGAUUGUGGGACUAUUGUGGCAGUAAGGAUUGUGAGAGACCAAGUUACAGGAGUCGGCAGAGGGUUUGGCUAUGUGCUCUUUGAGAACACAGAUGCUGUUCAUCUUGCUCUAAAAUUAAAUAAUUCUGAACUAAUGGGAAGAAAACUCAGAGUCAUGCGUUCUGUUAAUAAAGAAAAAUUAAAACAAAAUUCAAAUCCCAGUUUGAAGAAUGUCAAUAAACCUAAGCCAGGACCUAGUUUUGCUUCAAAAAAUGGAGGACAUUCUAAAAGUUUAUUUAUUGGAGAAAAAGCUGUUCUUAUUAAGAAGAAAAAGAAAGGACAGAAGAAAACUAAGAAACAGAAAAAAAUAGCAGUCUAAAGCUUAAAUUCUUUUUCCCCAUUUGAGUAAUAGUAAUAAAAAUGUAGUGAACCUAUGUAUUGAGCUUCAGAAUUUUAUAUGGAUGGUAUAUGUGAAAUGGGAAAACCUUUUCAGUUUAUUCACAUUGUAACAGUUCCUUUGAAACAUUAAUUUUGUCAGAUUAAUCACUGUUGAUUAUGUUACUGAUAACAGAUGAUUUUAGACAUAGGGUUGAACAUUUAGAAUUUUAGUGGUUAUGUAGUAGUGUAAAUUAGAAAUAUGAAAUUAACAAGACAGUUAUUUUAAGAAUCACUUGGGAUGAGACUAAAUGAAAAAUUGAAUAAAUUUAAAGAAAACAGAAUUGCAGUUGCUAUUGGGUGGAGAGGUGUGAAAUAGGUGAAGGGGAUUAAGAGGUAUGAACUUCCAAUUAUAAAAUAGUCACAGGGAAUAAAAGUACAGCAUAGGGAAUAUGGUCAAUAAUACUGUAAUAUUUUUGUGGACAAAUGGUAACUACACUUACCCGGUGAGCACUUAGUAAUGUAUAUAAGUCUUGAACCACUGUUGUAUACUUGGAACCAGUAUAAUACUGUAUAUCAACUAUAUUUCAAUUAAAAAUAUUUUUAUCAGUUUAAGAAAAACCAAUAAGCCUUAAUACUGAUUGUACCUAGAUAAAAUAUCUUCAUAAAGUGAGAACACUGAUUUAAGGUCAAAUCACAAUCCCUAAAAAGAGAGGUUUUGAGGGCUGUUAGGUGACAGCCGCUGAUCGUUCUCCCUUUCUUUUGUACUUAAUGAUAAAGGAGUUCUGGGUUUUUAUUUUAUUUCAUCUACCAAAUAAUCAACAAGAAUAUUAUAGAAAUUUUGCUCUGACUUACUAUUUUUAACCAAUGAUGAGACUGGUUAUUACAGUCUUUGACAAAUUGGCUAUAAAGCAGAUUUCUACUUUUAUUUCAUUUUUAAUUUGAAAAAUACUCCCAAGAGAACUUUUGUGCUUCUUACAUUAAUGUUACCAAGUAGAGUGAAACAGACUUUCAAGAAAGUCAUAUUUAAAGGAAACAAUUUCCAAUAAAUAUGGUAAUUAAUCACGAAACACAAGAGUUUAAUUAGGGGAGAGAAUACCAUUGCAUUCCUUAGGGCUUGACUUUGUGAUACAGCUUUUGUCCCCGUCACAAGUCUUACCAAGCUGCCUCUGUUUCUGGGAGGGAGGGCUGGGAGUAAAUCAGGUGGACUGAUCUGAAGCAGACAAGCUGUGAUACAUGCAUCAUAACACUUAGGUUGAUGGAGUCCGAGCACGGGGAGAGGGGGCGGAGGGAUUAGCUCGCAGGCAGUGAGUUAUUGCUGAUUAUUUUGAAAAUUCUUUUUGGGUGUAGCAGGUUUAGCACAAGGAAAACCUAACAGGUCUUUGAAGUGUAGUUCUGUAAAACCAGAGCUCCGUUUUCCUUUAUUGGACUGAUAUAUUAUGCUUAGUAGAAUCUUGUUUUUCAUAAGUAGGGUUUAGUAAAUACUAAUUACUUGGUAAUUCUUGACAUUUAUGCACAUAUUUCCAGUUGUAUAAAGAUGCAUUGCCUUUAGACUAUCACUGUAGAUAUAUAAACUAAAGUAUAAAGUUGUUUAUUUUUAUAGUGUAUUUUUAAUGUGUAUUAUACUGUGUAAUGUACAAUGUAUAUAUAAAUUUAUAUAAUUUUA